AUGCUACUCAUUCUCGCGUUACAUGCACCAGUAAAAAUUAAGAAACGUGCAUUAUGGGCUGACAAUAAGAUUGGAGAAUCCCUACCUAUAAGUUUUGCCAUUAUCCUAAAUGUAAUGUCUUGUUUUACAAAGGGCUUCUACGAGGGCAAUCUAUUAAUUAAUUUGUGGAUGCUGAAAAUAAAAUCAGUCACGAAGUUUUGAUAAAUACAUCAAAUUAAAAAAUGUAUUAAUUAGGCUAAUUAUUUAACAAAGCUUUUAGACUGCAUUGUUAACCCGUUCACCAUAUAAAUGAGGGCCUGGAUAAAAAAAUGCAGUUGAAUAUGAUAGCAUGACAUGAUAGUAUCACCGUAAAUAUGGAAUUUUCAAAGAGGCUACGAACAUGUGUACAAUUAAACUUGUGUUUGUAGCCCUACUAAAUGCAUCCAAAUCUCAUGAAACAAUUUGAAAUGCCAUCGACCAAUAUCACUAGUAUAUUAGCUGAAAUGUGUCAAUGUAAUUUUUUUCAGUUAAAAUUCAUCUCUAAUUCCCACGCUACGGGGUUUGUACACAUAAACGUCAUUAUUAACAACCUCACAGCUACACUUUCUUUGAAAAUACAGAUUCUUGUAAACCAAUCGUAUCUCUGGGAGACGCAUGAUGUAAUCCCGACCCUCCUUAUAUUCCAGCGGAUAAAAGCCUUGAAUGAAGUAACCGCACUUACUUGGAAACAUAGCAAAAUGUUUGACUCGCUGACGUUAAUUAUUGGUAAGGUUUUGGUACUCUCAAAUCUGAACAUUUUUAAGUUCAUUACGCAAAAGGAAGAAGCCCGCACAAAUAACUGCCAGACACUCUCCCUCCAGAGGGGCGAUCUGCUGGAGGUGCCUCGGACACUGUUCAUUCACUUCGGAAUUUACUUGGGUGACAACAAAGUGGCGCAUCUCAUGCCUGACAUCCUGCCCGCGUUUACGAGUGACAAAUGCCAGAUUAAAAAGGUUGUCACGAACAAGAGGUUGCUCUGGGGUGUAAUUUCCAAGAAUGCCACCAUUCGCGUUGACACGGUUGAAGAUUUUGCUUACGGAUCAAACAUCUUAGUCAAUGAUAUGGAUAAUACAAUGAAGAGGCCGCCUUUACCAAACGAAGAGGUUGCGAGGAGAGCUGAAAAACUGAUCGGAGUCAUACCGUACAGUCUGCUUUGGAAUAACUGUGAACAUUUUGUCACGUUUUGCAGAUACAGCUCUCCUAUCAGCCUACAAACGGAUAAGUUCUGCGAGGCCCUGAAAUCGAUUGUCCGCGACCAGAGGAGCGUCCUGCUCGCCGCCCUGCUGGGGAUGAUGUCCAUUGCGUGCCUGGGACUGGCUCCUUCCACGACUCUGCCCAGCAUCCUCGUUCCCUUCGUCCUCUGGAUGGCUGGCUGAUGUGUGGAGUCCAAACACUCGGAGUGUCCCGCUCAAACGGGAGCCAUAUGUGUUUAACUUAUACGCUAUGAAUGGCUUAGGAGACGCCCGCUUCAGUGAUGGAUAUAGAUCUCCGCGGUUUGUUUUAACUUACUGUGUAAGUCCACUUUACCUGUUAGUAGCCUUGAAGGAGUAAAUACUUGCAUAUCUUGUUGGUUUAUGUACAGUAUCUGUUUUUGUUUAAAUAUGUAACACAUUUAUAUGCUUACAUUUUAAUACACUCAAACCAGGUAAUUUUACAUAUUAAUAAAGAAAUUAAGA